AUGAAACUUUUCGUCGCAUUGUCCCUCCUGUUCGCCGUAGCCUCGGCCAGUGUACUUCCUGCCGCUGUCAUCGCCAGUGAAAACCCCGAAAUCCAGGAGAUCGUGGCCGCCAUCCAGAGCCCGAGUACCGACCCCGCUACUGCUGUCGCCCUUGAACAAAUGCUCCUUGAUAUCCUCGGCCUUUCUAAGCCUGAACCCAUCGAUGUUGGACCUGCAAUCGUCGACAACUACGAACCCAUCUCCAUUGGACCUGCCAUCGUAGACUUCCCUUUGCCCGACGGGGGUGCUGUUACUGAUGUGGAGCCCAGCCCUGCUUCUCCGUCACCCUCCUCAUCCCCUCUAGUCCAAAUCAUCAUUAAAAUCAACCAAGCUUUGGCUGACGCCAUUGGUGGUUCUCCUGUCGUCGUUGAAACUGUCAACCCACCAGCACAGCAGAUUCCUGACCCAGUUGCUGUGGUCGACAAACCAAUUAUCCCUGAACCCGUUAUCGUUGUCGACAAGCCCGCUGUCCCUGAGCCCGUCAUUGUUGUGGACAAGCCUAUUAUCGCCGAGCCUGUCACCGUCGUGGAAAAGCCCGAAGCUCCUGAGUCCGUGAUUGUCGCUCAGCCAAUUUUCCCAGACCCCGCUAUCGUUCUUCCCGAAAUCCUUAACUAA